AUGAGCCAGGUACUUCGAGGCGGUUGUUCGUGCGGUCGGAACGAGUGUUUCAUCAACAUCCCACUUGACGCCAGUGACAAGGCAGAGGUCUACUUUGAUUCAAGCAGUGUGAAUCGUCGGACGCAGGCCACUCCGUUGACAGCAUGGCUCCGAGUACCCCUUGAUUGGUAUCAGUCGGCAACAGUGUCUUAUUUUCCUGAUGAGACGCAUGCUGCUAUUCGCCGGACCUUUAUCCCGCCAGAGGAUCCGCAUUGUCGACGUGUCUUUUGUGGCUUCUGCGGCACGCCACUAACUUACUGGACCGAGAGUCCUCCAGAGGAGGCGGACUAUAUGUCAAUUACCGUGGGGAGUCUCUUCAGCCAGGAUCAAAGCGCACUAGAGGACCUGGGGUUGCUCCCAGAAGACAUUGAUACUGGGGCAUCAGUUAUUCCGGCGUCAUCUAGCAGAAGUGUCACUCCCGCGGCGGCGUCUUCGUCCAGACAAGUCGCCUCCAGGGAACCACAGGUGUUUGUGAGUCGCCAGAGAGGUACGUUUGGGGGAAUUCCUUGGUUUGAAGAGAUGAUUGAAGGAAGCCGACUGGGGAGAGUUGGUAAACGCCGCCGAGGAGUCGGAGGCAAUGAAUCAAUGCAUGUUGAGUGGGAGGUGACCGAGUGGCAUGACACCGUGCCUUCCAUAGAUGUGGAGACACACGAAACUACCACCGUCAGUCCAAGAAUAUCUGCUAAGAGAAAAUCUCCUCAGGUUUGUUAG